UCAGGGCCCUGUUGUGCCGGGCGCUGCACAGACACACAGUGAGAGACAGUCCCUGUCCCAGCUGAGAUCAGGACUAUAUUGUUGUCCCUUCACUAUCUGAACAGACAGGACAGACAAAAGGUGGGAGAGGAAACUGAGGCACAGAUUGGGCAAGUGACCUGUCUAAAGUCACAUAACAUGUCAAAGCCAGAGUCUAUCCACCAAGGCCGGCCCCAGGUAUUUUGCUGCCUCAAGCAGCAAAGCCACAAAAAAAAAAAGGUAAAUCCGCGAUCAGCACCACUGCGGUGGCAGCUCUGCCGCACCGCUUCAUGAUUUGGUGGCAAUUUGGCGUCGGGUCCUUCCCUCCGAGAGGGACUGAGGGACCCACUGUCGAAUUGCCACUGAAGACCCAAACGUGCCGCCCCUUUCCAUUGGCAGCCUUUAGCACCUGCUCCCUGCACCGGUGCCUGGAGCCAGCCCUGCUAUCCGCUCUGUGACCUAUCAAGAAAGACACUCAGCUUUCACAUGGUUUAACAGAAACCGUUAACGUCCCUAUGAUCGUGAUGAUCCCUAGCUCCGACCUCGAGCUUUGCAUCUGUAGAUCUCGCAGUGCUUCAUACAGGGAGCAUAGGUGCUGACAAAGUGGGUGCUCCAGCAUGGAAAAAAAUUGGUGGGUGCUCAGCACCCACUGGCAGCUCCCCCCCCCACUCCAGCUUACCUCUGCCUCCUCCACGAGUGCACCACCGCGUCCUGCUUCUCCUCCCUCUCAGCCCUUGCACUGUGAAACAACUGAUUUGCAGGGCAGGGAGGGAGGGGAAGGAGGGUGAAAGCGGCACGCUGGGAGAAGAGGCGGGGUCGGGGCAGAGAUUUGGGGAAGGGAUCCAAUGGGGCAGGGAGGGGGCAGAGUUGGGGGUGGGCACUUUGGGGACGGGGUUGGAAUGAGGGUGGAGCCAGAGGCAGGGAAAGGGUGUGUGUCCUCCAUCCUGCAUGAAGAACCGGGCUGCCUCAGGUAAAGCCAUCGCCCCUGCAGGGGAGGGUGCGCAAGCAAAUGCCCCUGUGUUGCUGAGCCCUUCUGCCAAGGGCAAAGGUCCCGUCGCAGCCGCGGGAAAAGCAGGACUUUGUGCUGCAGGCAGAGCCACCCAGAGCCAGGCUGUGCCCCCAGCACCUGGCAAAGGGCAGGAGAGCCCGGACAGCAGCAGUUCCUCCGAUAGCGAGGAGGAGGACACGGCCAAGCAGUCCUCGAGGCCUGCAGGGGCACCCCAGAAACAGGGAGCGACGAAGGAGGCCGACAGCACCUCAUCGGAGUCCAACAAGGAAGAGCAGCAGCUUUCGCAGUCCCUUCUAAUAGGCUAUCUAGGUCUUUCUAAAGCUCCAGCAGCACCCCAAGUGCAAACACCUGCUUCCCUGACCUCACCCAACGCAGGACGUAGAAAAGCAGCAGCUGCUGCCAGCACCCUCACCAAACCUGGGAAAGCAGCGCUGCCUGACGUCUCGGAGAGUGACAGCAGUGACUCUGAUACGGAUGCUGAGAAGACGUCAGCCAAACAGACGGCAGAGAGCAAGUCGUCCUCUUCUGGGGAGGUAGCGGUCACCACAAAAGUGGCCUCUAGCCAAGAGACUGCAGCAGGGAAAGCGGGCGAAAGAGGCACCAGUCUCAAAGCCUCACGGGCAAAGAAAGCCCUGGUGGUGACUCAGAAUGCUGGUGGUCCUAAGGGCUCUCCAGGGACGCCGUCGCCGUAUGCUCUGCUGUCCAUCGCUCAGUCGGAGCAGGAGAGCUCCGUGAGCGACAGCGAAGACAGGGUUACUACUGCUGCCAAGGCUCCGGGCGGGCAAGCGCCAGGGGAGCUGGAGGGGGGGAAGAAGGAGCAGAAGGCAGUGAAGAACACCCCCGCAGCAUCAGCCAAGGCUCUGAAAGCAACGAAAGCACCAAAGCUUGGGGACAAAGAGAACAAGAAGCAGAAAUCCUCCGUGAAAAGGAAGCUGGCAGCAGGGGAUGCCAGCCCCGCGAAGCCCAAGCCGAAGAAGCUGAAAAGUGGCCUCGAGACUCCCAAAAAGAAGAAAAGCCAAGGGGAGAGAGCAGCGGGCAGCAAGGAGAAGAAGAAGAAAGCCAGUAAAAAGAAGAAGACUGUGAAAGACAAGAAGAAGAAAAGCAAGAAGGCUGCAGCUGGAGUGGAGCCAAGCACGGACGGGUCUGCUUCCACCCCCCAAAAGAAGAAGAAGAAGAAGAAAGCUGCUGAGCUCGAGGGAUCCUUGGGAGAAGAGCACCUCCCUCGGACGGCCGACAACGAAUGAAUGACGUAGGGGUGGAAGACAGUGAAUUAAAACUCUUCUGUUUUUUUUAAAGAAAAAGAAAAUACUUUAAACUUCUAAAUCUUAAUUUAUAACUUCUUCUUUUAACUGUGACUUUUAGAGCCAAGCAUUGUACUUUGCUGCCUCAGCCACUGCCUGGCUGGGACUGGACAAGAGUGUAUAUUGUUCUCCCGGAAGCCCGCAGCCAUUACACUGUAACCAAACGAAAGGAGGCAAUCAGAGCAACCCCAUGGGCAGAGGGAAUAAGAAGCCAGCUCCUCCUGUGCGCCAUUUCCCCUCUUAGAUGUGAUAUGCAGCAAUCUCUCUCCAGAGCUAUAUUUUUUAAGAGAAACUUCCAA